CUCAUUUUGUGAUUGGAUGGCUCGUAGAGGGAGGUUGGUUUGUAUCAUGAAAUAGCCGGGACCGAAGUGGUCGCUGAAUUAUUCGGGGUGGGGAGCUUUAGGAGCAUCUGUGCCUGAGAUCAUGCAGUCCGUAAGGAAUCUGUUCCGUGGUCCCUGGUCCUCCCCUGUUCGGCUUGAUGGCAAAACCGUAAUUAUAACAGGGGCCAAUACAGGCAUUGGGAAGGAAACUGCGAGGGACCUCGCAAAGAGAGGUGCUCGUGUCAUCAUGGCCUGUCGAGACGUGGAGAAAGGAGAGGUGGCUAUGGAUGAGAUUAUGCAAGACUCCGGAUCUAAAGAUAUUGUUCUUAGCAAACUGGAUCUGUCUGACACCAAGUCUAUCAGGGAAUUCGCAGAAUUAAUUAAUAAAGAAGAGAAACAGGUCGACAUCCUUAUCAACAAUGCUGGAAUUAUGAUGUGUCCGUAUUCCAAGACUAUAGAUGGUUUUGAGAUGCAGUUUGGUGUCAACCACUUAGGUCACUUUCUGCUUACCUACCUUCUGAUCGAUCUGAUAAAAAAGUCUGCCCCAGCCAGAAUCAUCAAUGUGUCAUCCAUGGCUCACACGUGGGGCCCCAUCAGACUGGAUGACAUCAACCACGAGAAGAGCUAUGACUCCAAAAAGGCGUACGGACAGAGCAAGCUGGCCAACAUCCUCUGCACACGCCUUAUGGCUAAGAAAUUAGAAGGCACCGGUGUGACCACAUAUGCGCUACAUCCUGGAGUGGUGCAGUCGGAACUGUGGAGGCACCUCAGUGCUCCCGCACAGCUGGGCGUGAAGAUGAUCAAGCCCUUCACGAAGACAUCCGUGCAGGGUGCCCAGACCUCCAUUUACUGUGCUGUCGCCCCAGAGCUAGAGAAAACAACUGGAGGAUACUACAGUGACUGUGCCCCAGCAAGCUGCUCCCAAGCUGCCAGAGAUGACGAAAUGGCACAGAAACUCUGGGAACUUAGCUGCCAGAUGCUUGGAAUAACGUGGGACUGAGUGAUGGUGACUUUCUCUCUGUCCUGUUUUUCUGUUCAUGACUCACCUGAUAAGUAAAAAUUACUAGCUGAAAAAAGAUUAAACGUUGAAUUCCUUAACAGUAAUCCCUUAUUAAACUAGUUAUAAAAAUCUGAGUAUAUGUGCCAAUUCGUUGAAGAUACCUUUGCAAAAUGCAGUUUUUCCAUAAAAGUUUGGUAUAAAGUGCUCUGGUAGA